GUGUUAGCCUCUCUCCCCACCUCUUGUAUUACAAAUGCUGAUUUCUGUACAGUCCCAGCCUCCUCCUCCCACAACUGGAUUUUAGGAACAGCUCAGCAGCUUCUCAUUCAGGCACAAGCUCAGCAAGGGGUGAAGUCUGCUCUCUGUCUCAAGAUGCCAAACUGGGGAGGUGGAAACAAAUGCAGCGCCUGUGACAGGACGGUAUACCAUGCCGAAGAAGUGCAGUGUGACGGGAAAAGCUUUCAUAAAUGCUGCUUCCUUUGCAUGGUAUGCAGAAAAAAUCUGGAUAGCACCACUAUGGCUAUCCAUGACAAUGAGAUUUACUGCCGGUCCUGUUAUGGAAAAAAGUAUGGACCAAAGGGUUAUGGCUAUGGCCAAGGAGCAGGCACUUUAAAUAUGGACAGAGGAGAAAGACUUGGCAUUAAACCAGAGGAAGCACAACACUCUCGCCCCACCACCAGCUCAAACCCUUCAAAGUUUGCUCAGAAGUUUGGAGGUACUGAGAAGUGCCCUCGGUGUGGAGAAUCUGUGUAUGCUGCCGAAAAAGUAAUGGGGGCUGGAAAACCAUGGCAUAAGAACUGCUUCAGGUGUGCAAAAUGUGGCAAGAGCCUAGAAUCGACCACUUUGACUGAAAAAGAAGGAGAAAUCUAUUGCAAAGCUUGUUAUGCCAAGAAUUUUGGUCCUAAAGGAUUUGGCUAUGGCCAAGGAGCUGGAGCUCUGGUCCAUGCUCAGUAAAGAUGACACAGAUUGUUGAAGACACAGAACGUUCCUUGAGUUCUCCUCCUUAUAAUUGGGCAAAAAUGUGUUCCAAAACUCCACUAAUCACUGUGAAACUGAAGUUAUACACCAUAAGAAGCCCUUAAGUUCUUUGUAACCUUGGGCUUUUAUUUUCUUUUCUCUGUAGGAAUCAACGCUAAUAAAGGGUUUUCAAAUGUUUAAAAUAAAAAUUAAUAAAAUCUGUGCCACGUAGAUCUGGAUUUAACAGUAUUAUACAACUGGGUGUUCCUAGAAAAUGUCAAUUCUAUAUUGUAUUUCCAUCGAUGUCUAAUAAAAAUCUAACUUCCUA